AUGACAUGUCUCAAAAUGCAUUUCCACUUUUUUAUAGUUAUUUUCUUCUUUUUUUUUUUCUUUGCAACAUCCCUUUGCCACCCAAAGAUGAACAAAUGCAUAUGCAUUUAUGGAGGUUCUUUUGAUCCAAUUACUCAUGCGCAUGAAAUGGUUCUCGCUGACAUUAGCAACUUAAAUUGGAUUGAUGAAAUAUGGGUGGUUAUUUGUAGAUGUAGGGAUGAUAAGAAUAUAUCAGAAUUUGAACACAGAUAUAAUAUGUUUUCACUAAUAAUGAAUAAUACUUCGUCUAAAAUGUCAAAAAAUAAAAUUUUUUUAAAAGAUAUUGAGUGCAAAGAGAAAACAACUCCAACUUAUGAUUUGUUAAAGGCUCAAAAAGAGAAGUAUCCUAAUUAUACUUUUUAUUUUGCUCUGGGUUCUGAUCUAUUAAAAGACAUUUUUUUUUGGGAUAAUGGCGAAAAAUUAGUUUCAGAAAAUAAUUUUAUAAUUGUUGAAAGGGGCAACUUUAAAAUAGAUGAAAAUAAACUACAGAAAUUUCCAAGUUAUUAUUUAAUUAAAAUUGAAAAAAUGUCUUUUAUUAAUUAUAUUUCUUCAAGCGACGCAAGAAAAAUAUUAUCCAAAAGGAACAACUCAGAAGAAUUAGAGAAAUAUAUUCAUCCUGUUGUUAUUAAUUAUAUAAAGGAACAUAACUUAUAUCAUAACAAUUUGGAAUAA